AUGCAGACGGCUUCUACAAACAUUGGUGAAAGAAUGGGUCGCUCUCAGGAGCUCAGUGACUCCAAGCGUGGUCCCGUGAUAGGUGGUCACCUGGGCAAUAAGUCCAUCCGUGACAUUUCCUGGGUACUAAAUAUUCCACGCUCAACUGUUAGUGGGAUUAUAACAAAGUGGAAGCAACUGGGAACAACAGCCACUCAGCCACCAAGUGGUAGGCCACGUCACAUGACAGGGCGGGGUCAGCACAUGCUGAAGCGCACAGUGCGCAGAAGUCACCAAUUGUCUGCAGAGUCACCUAGUUCCAGCGAAGGGAACUCUUAAGGCGACAUUUUGGACAAUUUAAUGCUCUCAACUUUGUGGGAGGAGUUUGGGGAUGGCCCCUUCCUGUUCCAACAUGACUGCGCACCAGUG